AACUGUUUAGAUUGCAGAUCUAAGUAUCGUAAAUAAUGCCCUGGGCCAUUACUGACUCCCUUCCCUCUUCUGCUUGUUCUAGUGCCAGCCUGGGGCACAGGGGCUGUCCUCCCUCACACCUGCCGUGUUCCAUCUCAAGCAGCCACCAAGAAACAUGCCCGGCUCAGCAAACAUAUGCCUCUUUAUGCCGGGAUGUGUUUCCAGCCUGCAUUGUGGUGAAGUGGAAAGGGAAGGACUUGUUUGAUUUAGUGUGCAGGACGCUGGGACUCCGGGAAACCUGGUUCUUCGGCCUUCAGUACACCAUCAAGGACACGGUGGCUUGGCUGAAAAUGGACAAGAAGGUGCUGGAUCACGAUGUUCCCACCGAGGAGCCGGUCACCUUUCACUUCCUGGCCAAAUUUUAUCCCGAGAACGCAGAAGAGGAGCUGGUCCAGGAGAUCACCCAGCACUUGUUCUUCCUUCAGGUAAAGAAGCAGAUUCUGGAUGAGAAGAUCUACUGCCCUCCCGAGGCUUCAGUGCUGCUGGCUUCCUAUGCAGUGCAAGCCAAGUACGGUGAUUAUGACCCCAACGUGCACAAGCGAGGCUUUCUGGCACAGGAGGAGCUGCUGCCGAAGCGGGUGAUAAACCUCUACCAGAUGACUCCAGAGAUGUGGGAAGAGAGAAUAACAGCCUGGUAUGCCGAGCACCGUGGCAGAGCAAGAGAUGAAGCAGAAAUGGAGUAUCUGAAGAUAGCUCAGGACUUGGAGAUGUAUGGAGUGAACUACUUUGCGAUUAGGAAUAAAAAGGGCACUGAACUGCUGCUUGGAGUCGAUGCCUUGGGUCUUCACAUUUACGACCCAGACAACAGGCUGACCCCCAAAAUCUCCUUCCCAUGGAAUGAGAUCCGGAAUAUUUCGUACAGUGAUAAAGAGUUUACGAUUAAGCCGUUGGACAAAAAGAUUGAUGUUUUUAAAUUCAAUUCAUCAAAGCUGCGUGUGAAUAAGCUGAUUCUCCAGCUGUGUAUUGGGAACCACGAUCUCUUCAUGAGGAGAAGAAAAGCAGACUCGCUGGAGGUGCAACAGAUGAAGGCACAGGCCAGAGAGGAGAAAGCCAGGAAGCAGAUGGAACGACAGCGCCUGGCCCGAGAGAAGCAAAUGAGGGAAGAAGCUGAGCGAACGAGGGAUGAGCUGGAGAGAAGACUGAUGCAGUUAAAGGAGGAGGCAACGAUGGCCAAUGAGGCUCUGAUGAGGUCUGAAGAGACAGCGGACUUGCUGGCUGAGAAGGCCCAGAUCACRGAGGAGGAGGCCAAGCUCCUAGCUCAGAAAGCAGCUGAGGCCGAGCAGGAGAUGCAGCGAAUCAAAGCCACGGCCAUCCGGACAGAGGAAGAGAAACGGCUGAUGGAGCAGAAGGUGCUGGAGGCAGAGAUGUUGGCUCUGAAAAUGGCCGAGGAGUCUGAGCGGAGAGCAAAGGAGGCUGAUCAGUUAAAGCAAGACCUUCAGGAGGCUCGAGAGUCUGAGCGGAGGGCAAAGCAAAAGCUCCUGGAGAUCACCAGCAAGUCUUCAUAUACACAGUCUGUGAACUCCAGUGCGACAGCAUUGCCCACGGACCUGCCAAGCUUCAACCUCAUCAGUGAGAGCCUCUCCUUUGACUUCAAGGAUACAGACAUGAAGAGACUUUCCAUGGAAAUCGAGAAGGAGAAGGUCGAGUAUAUGGAGAAAAGCAAACAUCUGCAGGAGCAACUGAAUGAGCUGAAGACAGAGAUCGAGGCGCUGAAGCUGAAGGAGAGAGAGACUGCGCUGGAUAUAUUGCACAAUGAGAAUGCCAGCCGAGGCAACAGCAAGCACAACACUAUUAAAAAGCUCACCCUGCAGAGCACCCAGUCCCGCGUGGCCUUCUUCGAGGAGCUCUAGGACCAGCUAGUGUCACCGCGGCCGAGGACACGCGCGCGGAGAGGGGACCCCGCGCUGACUGCCCCUGACACCGGCGCCAGCUCUGGGCACCCUYGGGGAAUUUUUCCUCCUUUCCUUGCCUUCUUCCAGUUUAUGUUUUCCUUGUUUUUUAUUUUAGUUUUGUUUUGUUUUUUCUCUCCAAGCUCUAUGGGCUUUGCCAGCCAUGGCAGGACAGGAGCUCUGCUGCCUCCCCAUCCCUGGCCAGGGCGAGAGGA